AUGCCAAAGAAACAACCGGAGGAUAUACCAAAUGAUAUCGAAUUUAAUACAUUUUAUACGCAACUACGAUAUGUCGAUCAUAGUUUGGAUAAUUUACGGCGCUUUAAACGUUAUGAACAUUUCCAACAUCUCCAAUAUGAUCAAAGAUUUAUUCCGGAGCGUUUAUUAUUUCUUGGCCCAGAUUUAGCUGCUGCUCAUUUUUUGGUGCAUCGUGGUGCAGCCGUGAAGUUUGUUGCUGAUAAUGUAUGGAUUAAGAAAGAUGAUAGAGGAAAUUAUACAUUACCAGGCCAAAAGAUUCCAGGCUUAUACAUUGAAGCAAUUGAUGCAAGUGAUACAGAGUUGAUGUUCGAAGGUUUAGAAAAUUUGUUUGGCCUAAAACAUUUACGAUUGCUAAGACUUGCUGGUUGUUGUUAUGCGGACGAUUGGAUGAUGUCACGGGUUGGUGCAUUAUUCUCGGAGUCACUUGAAAUGCUAGAUCUUAGUGAUUGUAAUCGAAUCACAGCCAAAGGUUUGGCUGGUCUACGAACGCUCAAGAAAUUGCGUUAUCUUCGACUGGAGGGAAUGGAUCAUGUAAAGGAUAUUGCAAAAGCGGCCUUAUUGUUGGAAGAAUCUAUUCCGAAUUUGAGAGUAUUUGGGAUCAAUUAUGAAAAUGCUAUGCAGUCAUUACAGCGAGAAAUGAAACUUCUGGCAAAUGAAAGGGUUGUUAUUGAUGCUAAAGGUAAUGGAUAUGUUGAGGAUGAUGAUGGACGAUUAUUUUAUGUUGCUGGUCGAGUAAACGAACGACCUGCUGUUGCAGAUGAUGAUAAACCAUUGAUGACAAG